CAUGAUAGGUAGAGAAGAAUCCUGCACUUCAGGCCAGGCACCAAUGACCGACCUAAGCUGCCUUGCCUACGUUCUGGAAGAAUGGACUGUUGUGGAGUACCUGAAGAAAUACUUUUUUCAUGUGGUCAUCGUCUCACUGACAAUGAGUGCAAUAUUAUUUUUUUUUAUAGUUCCUUUAACAAUCCUCUUUUUCAUUUACCUUACUAAUAUUUUGCUUUUAAUGUAUCAGAGGAAUGUUGAGGUAAAAGCAGAUCCCUUGAGUGACGUUUGGGAUAGCGCAAGGAAAACAAUAGCAAGCUUUUGGGAUAUAUAUGCAAGAAUAUGGCAUGGUUAUGAGCUUCAUGGUGUGGAAAACCUACCAGAAGGACCAGGCAUUCUUGUGUAUUACCAUGGAGCUAUUCCUAUAGACUACCUUUACUUUUUGUCUAGGCUGUUUCUCUGGAAGAAAAGACUUUGUCUGUCAGUAGCUGAUCAUUUCGUCUUUCGUUUACCAGGACUGCAAUUAUUACUCGACGUGACGGGUGUUAUGCCAGGUACAAGGGAAGAGUGUCUCAUGGCACUGAAGAAUGGACACUUGGUGUCCAUCUCACCAGGUGGAGUUAGAGAAGCACUAUUCAGUGAUGAAAGUUAUCAACUCGUGUGGGGAAAUCGAAAAGGCUUUGCUCAGGUGGCUCUAGAUGCAAAAGUGCCCAUCAUUCCAAUGUAUACUCAAAAUGUCCGGGAAGGAUAUAGGAUGUUUAAAGAAAGAAGAUUUUUCAGACAGUUGUACGAAAGUACUCGAUUGCCAUUUACUCCUCCAUAUGGAGGACUUCCAGUUAAAUUCCGCACAUACAUUGGGGAGCCAAUCCCUUAUGAUCCAAAUAUAACUACAGAGGAAUUAGUUGAAAAGACGAAGGCUGCCAUCCAGGCUCUAAUAAGCAAGCACCAAACAAUCCCAGGCAGCAUAUGGAAGGCUCUACUGGACCGAUUUGAUAAACAUUGUAAAAGUGAUUAG